CUUUCCCAGUUAUUGACGAAACAAACUACACCUUCUGCUCAUCUAUAAGCAUAAACCCCGCCGGAAGCCAGACUACCUCACCGGAAAACGGACUUCCUCACCGGAAAACAUGUCAUCCGUGUCUUCCCUGCGGUAAUUGAGGUAAAUCCUAUAUUUACACUAGAAAUAGUUUGGCUAUUUCGAGUCGACUAUAGGCAUUAAACUUCGACUGAGACUUCCAUAGCAAAAGUUACACCUUUACAAGAUAUUGACUUGUGCUCAAAAUGUCGACUCAAAAGUUUUACCAAACUGUAAAACAACUUUUUCCCAAAAAACCAAAUGAAGAAAUUGCCAAAGUGAUCUCCAAUACCCUGAUAAAUUCGAGGUCUAUUGGGGAAAUUCCUCCUUCUCUAAUUUCCCAGCUUAAUCCCCAAGUAAUCCAUCUUGUUCUUUCAAACCCAUCUGUCCCUACACAAUCUUGCUUAAGCUUCUUUAAAUUCCUCCAAAAAGACCUAUCUUUCACUCACCAAAGACCCAAUCUUGAUUCACAUAUAGCCUUGGCUUUGCGCUUGCUCGAAGCCAGGAAGUUUGCUGAAGCAAAGAAUAUUUUGUAUGAUGUUGCUGCUGCUGAUGGUCUGAGGAAACCCUUUUCAGAAAUAGCUUCUUUACUCGGUGAGAAUCAUGUAGAGCACAAGGUUGUAGGGAAGAUGUUAGAUAUGUUGUUUAGGGUUUAUGUUGAUAAUGUUAGGUUUGAGGAAGCUGGGGAGGUUUUUGGGUAUAUGACGAAUGGUGGGUAUGAAUUGGAUGAUAGAUCUUGUAUGGUAUACUUACUUGCUAUGAAAAGGCGAAAACAAUAUGACUCGUUGUUCGAGUUUUUCAAAAAGAUGAUUAAAUAUGAUGUGAAAAUUACUGUUUAUACGAUGACAAUGGUUAUUGACGGGUUGUGUAAAGUAGGAGAGGUUAACAAGGCAAGAAAGCUCAUGGAUGAAAUGAUUAGCAAAGGGGUGAAACCGAAUGAGUACACUUACAACACAUUAUUAGAUGCUUAUGUGAAGAAGUCAGAUUUUGUGGCUGUGAAAGAGAUUUUGAGGAUAAUGAAAAAGGAUGGUGUUGAUCUUGAUGUGACAAGUUAUACUCUUCUGAUUGACGGGUAUUUUAAUUUUGGCAAUCUUGAAGAUGUUGAGAGAUUGUUUAGGAAAAUAAAAGAGAAGGGAAUAGAGCCAGAUGUCCAUUUAUACACCUCCAUGAUUAGUGGUUGUUGUAAGUUAGGUGAUGUCAAAAAGGCAUUUACGGUGUUUGAUGAAAUGGUGGAGAGGGGCCUCGUUCCGAAUGCUCACACAUAUGGAGCUUUGAUAAAUGGCUUGUGUAAGGCCGGACAGAUGCAAGCGGCCGAAGUUUUACUUAAUGAGAUGCAAAGUAAGGGGAUUGACGUAAAUCGAGUUAUAUUUAAUACAAUGAUGGAUGGUUACUGUAAGCAAGGUAAUAUGGAUGAAGUAUGGAGGCUGCAGAGAAUUAUGGAGGGCAAAGGACAUGAGGCUGAUGUAUACGUUUAUAAUAUAAUUGCUACUGGGCUGCGUAAGUUAGAUCGGCAUGAGGAAGCAAAGACGUGGUUGUUCUCGAUGGUGGAUCGAGGCGUAGCUCCAAAUGAAAUUGCUUAUACAACUUUGAUUGAUAUUUAUUGCAAGGAAGGAAAUUUUGUUGAAGCAAAAAGGGCACUUCGUGAGAUGGAAAGUAAGGGAGUUAAGCCUAAUACGGCAACAUACAACGCCGUAAUAGAUGGUUAUUGCAAAAAGGGUUUGAUGAAGGAAGCGUAUAAGCUAAGAAUUCUAAUGGAAUCUAAGGGUCUGAAGCCUGAUGUCUAUACAUACACCUCGCUUGUACACGGGGAGUGCAUAUCAGGGAAGGUAGAUGAUGCUCUGAAACUUUUCAAUGAGAUGCCUCUUGAGGGUUUAGCUCCGAAUGUGGUGACUUACACAGCAAUCAUUUCUGGCUUAUCAAAAAAGGGCAGAUCAGAUGAAGCCUUCAGAUUAUAUGAUGAGAUGAUAGAGGCAGGCCUUACGCCUGAUGCUACUGCAUACUCUGCUCUUGUGGGUAGCCUUCAUAGUUGACAUUUAUCUAGUGUGAGAAGUUGUUCUUUAGGAACUUGUAAGUUGUAAGCUUCAUGUAAAUCACAUUUUAGCUAUUUGGAGGCAAUAGCAGACUGUUCAAUACAUCCUCAAGACAUUUUACAUGAGCACAUUCUGCAGAGAUUCGGCAGCCUGGCUUUUUGCUUGUUACUGCAGGUCUGAGUGCUGUCCGUGGACAUGGUCUUCCAUAAAUUCAAGGUUGAUAUUUAUUUGCUAUUCUAGAUAGAGCAAAAGCGCUGCUUAGAUUUAAGCUGCUUGAAUUCAUUUCAUGGAUUUAGCACAAUGAACUUACCUGGGAGGAUGACAGGCCUAUGAUAUCUGUACGUAUCCAGUGGAUUUAAAGUGUCACAACCUUCUGUUUUUUUUAAUCAACAUGAAGGACCUAGAGUGGUUUAGGCAGCUACAGUCUUAAAAUAUAAAUUUUGUUUUGUUACGCGGUCAUGAUGAGAAAACCGCUUGCUUGGUGUAUUAUUUUAAACUUUGGAGGCAUUUGGUUCAUAAUAUUUUUCUAUUAGACGUUAAUCCUUUAAGCAAUAUUGCUUCCUUUGUCGUCCAGUACACCAUUUUCUUGAGAAUGGAAGAACCAAAACAAAAGAAGUGCUUCACCUUGGAGAUGCUGGUGGAUGAUAGCAAAUUUGUAGUUUAUGUACCUUUUUUUGGCUGAGUGCAUAACAUACUCCAGGUAGCGGUGGAAUGAAGCACCAAGUAAGGCAUAUGAUGAAUUUGUAAUUGGUUUGAGCUCUGACUCUUUGCCAGCAAUAGCACAAAGUGCUACCUUAAAUUAACAUAAUGAGAACCAUACACUGACAGUUUCCUUUGGUCCAAUAUCUUUUGGCUUACUGUUUGUUUCAAUAUCUUUCGGCUUUUAGAAUGAUUAACUGUUAAUGCACCUAUAAAAACAUUUGACGUCUAAAUAUUAUUUGGGUGUUAAUAGACAAAAAAUAUUCAAAAAAAAUAUUAUUUUUUCAUUUUUUAAUGUUAUAAGAGAUAAGAGUUAGAAAUCAGCAUAUCAUGUGACAACUUUCUCAUUGUGGCCUCUGAGGCACAAAUCUAUGAUGCACUCAUUGCAGCCAUUCAAUCUCUGUUCUUUAUGCAUGAUAAAGAGUUGACAUAGUGUGAUAAGUCAACUGUCAAAGUUGCCGACGCUCUGCUGAUAAUUGCACUGGCUUCCUUGUUUUUUCCAGGCAAGCAAUAAACUGACGCUAUAUGCAAGUUUCUUGUACUUGUUUUCGAUAUACUAAUUUCGUACCUGCUGAAGCAGAUGCUCCAGGAGAGAUCAUAACCUUUUCUGAAGCUGUCUGUAACUGUCGAAAGAAAUGAAGUUCUGUCUGUCCUUGUUUUUUGAAAUUAUUUUAUAAUUUUCUGAAGGCACAAGAAGAGGUAGAGGGCGACCUAAGAAGUAUUGGAGAGAGGUGAUCGGGCAGGAUAUGGCGAGGCUUCAGGUUUCCGAGGACAUGAUAUCUGAUAGGAAGUUGUGGAGAUCGAGUAUUACGGUUGUAGGUUAGGAGAUUCUUAGUGAUGAGAAGAAAUGUUGGAUAUAUGACCAGGGUGAUGGCAUUGACGACACUGGUUCAGGAAUGUGAGGAGGAUUAAAUCCAUUUGGUGGAGGGGCCAGCUGUUUAUAUUCCCACUUUGAAGGAGGGGAGUUUCCUUGUAAAGGAUUUGGUGAGUGUUCAGGUGAAUUCCAUUUUUUACCUUGAUGGAAUUUGUCUUCAUACUUAGAUACCUCGGCUUGCUUGGGACUGAGGCAUUGGUUAUUAUAAUUGUUAUUGCUGCUUAACCAAUAAACUCACAUGGCUGCUGUUUAUAUCUACUAUAUGCGAUGUGACCAACUAUAAGGUGAGUGCAAUACAGUAUGCUCCUACAGUUUUCCCCUUGAAAAGGUUUUGUUUUGACAGUAUCUUUUCUGUUAAAGAAAUACCAAGUAGCAGUUGACUGAAUGUAAGAAAAAACCCCUGUACAGGACGUAUAACAGGUUCAUUUGUAACUAUCUAGGCUGGUACAUUCCGUAGCAGAUUAACAGGUUUUAUAUUAUUGAAUUGAGCUUCAAAAGUCCAGUGGCCAAAAAAUGCAUAUCAAGUACUCCAUUUUGUUAUCCAUUCUGUGGUACUUGUUUACAUGAUUUCAUAUAAUUUCUACUGCCCCAAGAACAGAACAAAGUGAAGUUCUUCAAUCCAAGAGACUAGAAGGUGAAGCAACACUUUUGAUGUCUAGCAGGGGUGGAGCUAGAACAUGGGGUACGGGUUUAGACGAGUUCAAUAACUUUUACUUCAACCUUGUAUUUGUAUUAGGAAAUUUAUUAAAUAUGUAUAUAAUUAAUUAUGCAAUCAAAAACUAAGAUGAGCUAUGUUUCAGUGACAAGUAUAGAAUUCAUAAACUUCAA